CCGGGCCGGGGGCGGAGCGGGGCCGCGCCGGGCGCUAUUUGGGCCAUGUGAUGCCGGCCCGGCCCCGCUGGGCGCGCCGGGAGCAGCGGGCGCGGGGCUCGGCCUGCCCGGGCACGGCACGGCACGGAGCGGGGCCAUGGUCCGGCGGGCAGCCCGGGCACGGCAAUCCUGAGCGGUGCACAUCUGGACAGAGCCUCCUGGCAGCCUUUGCUGCGGGGCUGGAUGACAGCAGGAGCUGCCAGGUGAAUCGAUGAGCCUGUGAGGAGGCCAGCCAUGGGUCAGAAGGUCACGGGGGGGAUAAAGACCGUGGACAUGAGGGACCCUGUGUACCGGCCGCUGAAGCAGGAGCUGCAGGGGCUGGACUACAGCAAGCCCACGCGGCUGGAGCUGCUGCUGGACAUGCCCCCCGUGUCCUACGAGGUGCAGCUGCUGCACUCGUGGAACAACGACGACCGCUCGCUGAACGUGUUCGUCAAGGAGGACGACAAGCUCAUGUUCCACCGGCACCCGGUGGCGCAGAGCACGGACGCCAUCCGCGGCAAGGUGGGCUACACGCGGGGGCUGCACGUGUGGCAGAUCACCUGGGCCAUGCGCCAGCGCGGCACCCACGCCGUCGUGGGGGUGGCCACGGCCGAGGCGCCGCUGCACUCCGUGGGCUACACCACCCUGGUGGGCAACAACCACGAGUCCUGGGGCUGGGACCUGGGCCGCAACAGACUCUACCACGACGGCAAGAACCAGCCCAGCAAGACCUACCCCGCCUUCCUGGAGCCCGACGAGACCUUCAUCGUGCCCGACUCCUUCCUGGUGGUGCUGGACAUGGACGAUGGCACGCUCAGCUUCAUCGUGGACGGGCAGUACAUGGGGGUGGCCUUCCGGGGGCUCAAGGGCAAGAAGCUGUACCCGGUGGUGAGCGCCGUGUGGGGCCACUGCGAGAUCCGCAUGUGCUACUUGAACGGACUGGACCCUGAGCCCCUGCCUCUGAUGGACCUGUGCCGGCGGGCUGUGCGCCUGGCCCUGGGCAAGGAGCGGCUGGCUGAGAUCCCCACGCUGCCCCUGCCCGCCUCCCUCAAGAGUUACCUGCUCUACCAGUGAGCCGAGCGCCAGCACACAGGUGGAUGGAGCUGCCCCGGGCCCUGCCCUGCUGGAGCUGAUGGCCGAGGAUGGAUCCCUGCAUCCCUGCAUUGCUGCCACCGCUGCAGCCUCCCGGGCUGAGUGCUCUGCUGCUCGGGAGCCCCUGCCCAAGCACACUGAGCAGAGGAACAUUGCCAGAGCCCUGUGCUCCCUUCUCCUCCUGGGAGAGGCUGUGCUGCCUCCCUGGGCUCAGGGGAAUGGUUCUGUUCCAGCCAAAGGGAAGGAUGGUGAGAAAAGAAUAAUGGUAAAAGUAAGAAUUCAAACGUGAUCUGAGGAAGAGGAGGCAUUAGGAAUGCAACUGUCAAGACCACGUCCUGAGAAGGGAGAGGCUCAGGAUGGCCAGCAGAGUUGGAAAGAGUCUGGAGUACCAUAAAGAAUUAAUUGAGGAGUUUUUAAAAGCCAAAAAAUAAAAAAGUACAACCCCAAGCCCUGAAACGCCAAAACCAAGAGCCCUUCCUCCACCAGGACCCUUCUGAGCUUGGAGAAGGUGGUUGUGUUGCUGAUGUCUGUGUCUGUGCUGGGAUCCUCACCCUGCUCUGUUGCUGUCUCACAGGUGGUGACUCCUGCUGCCUUGUUUAGCACCAGUGCUCAUCCUGCUCCCAGGGGUUUCACAGCUGAUUUUGCAGUCAGGCUGUGUCCCCACACUCCUCCUUCCUGCUGAGAGCUGCAGCUUUGCUCUGUGGUCCCUGGCUGGGCUGGGACCGUGUGUGUGAGCUGUCACCCAGCUGUGUGUGUCACACAUCUGUAACACAUCUGUCACAGCUGCAGCUCCUGUCCCCUGGGCUCUGCCCCAUGCUCAGCCCUCAGAGCCACCUCCCCGUUCUCUGAUGGCACUGCCAGGGAAUUCUCUCCCUGAUGAGCUGCUGAAAUCCACCCAAGCCAGGCUCAGUCUGUCCCAGAGCACCCCAAUCCCCCCACACCCUGCAGCAGAGGGGCUCCCUGCCCUCUGUCCCCCACGAGGGGUCUCAGGGGCUCCAGCAGCAACCCCAGGGCUCAGACAGGCACAGCAGAGGGAACUGAACCUCUCCAGAGCUGGGGAGCAGGAGAGAGCUGCAAUAAACAGGACGAGCAAUUCAGGCAAAAUCAGCACAUCCCAAAUAGAUCCUCAGUAGCCAAGUAAAGAGGUGACACUCCUGUGUUAGCAGGAGCUGCUCUCUUGACCUCUCCACAGGUUACUAUGCUGCCUUUCUGGGGUUAUUUUGCACAUUUCUUUGUGUGGUUUUUUUCCUUGAAAAAUGUUUGUGUGAUUGUUUUGUUUGUUUUUGCUUUUGAGUUAUCCCUUCAGUUUUGUGUAGGUACAAAUGAGUUUAGUGGUUGAAAAUGUUAAUAUAUAUAUGUGGGGUGUAUGUAUAAGAACAUGUUUUAAACAGCUGCUGUAGGGUACCUUUUUGAAAAUAAACUACUUGCAUAGUAUAUUUUUUAAAGCACAGAGUUGGUGCCAAGACUGGGUGGGGUGUGAUGUGCCCCUUUUUUAUUCUAAUAUUCUAUGAGGUUUUUUUUUUCAACGUAGGGGUUUGUACUAGUUUCUGUUGCAGGGUGGGACACAAAAUUCAGUGUAUGGAGCCCUGCUUGGUUGCCUUCAACUCGAACCAGUGUCUUCCAGAGCUGCAGGGAAGAAGCUGUGUUCUCCCUACUCCUGCUGCCCUUUGUGCUCCCUCACUUCCAUCUCUCCUCACCUCACCAGGACAUGACUCUGUACCGUUUAAAAUCCUUUCUAUUUUAUGACUGUAGAUAGCACUCAGUAACCUAAUAAACUUUAUUAAAUAUU